AUGAAACAAGAACCUAGUGUACUUGAAUGGAACUCAAAUAAGGAUAUUCUGGUCUUAAUCCUUGGAUGGGCUGGCGCUGCUGAUAAACACCUAAAGAAAUAUUCUGAACUUUACAAAAGCUAUGGAUUAUCUACCCUACGAUAUACUGCAUUUUUCGAUGGCUACAACCGAAAUAUCUACUGCUUGGCCCCUACAGAAAUCGACUCGCUACUUGACGAUUUUGCAAUCGUUUACAAUAAAAAGCACGUGAAAUUGAUUAUUCAUUCGAUGAGUAUGAAUGGGAUUAUGUGUCUGACAUCACUGAUGAAUUGCGGAAAAUUCCCAGACGUCUUUGAGCGUACAAUCGGCAUCGUAUUUGACAGCUGUCCAAUUUACGAAAACUCCCCUGGUGGAUAUCGCGAGGUGCUGAAUUUUCAAAUAGGCAAUUAUUUCGGAGACUCAUAUUUGGGGCAACUCAAAAAGACAGCAACCAUGUGGGUACUGCUAGGAAAGAAGGCGUAUGAUUACUAUGAGAUGAAAUUCAAACAUAAUCUUCUUGGGUAUGAACUGAAAGAUAUGAUACAAUACCAUUAUCUUGCCGAACACCCGAAGAUCCCUCACCGGCAGCUGUAUUUAUAUUCGGAUGCGGAUAUAAUUUGUAGCUCGUGGCAAAUACAACAAUUCCACGAAAAACAAUUACAUAUGGGGCGAGACGUCACCUACCGUAACUUUGUCGACUCGCCCCAUGUGGAGCACGCCAAAACCUACCCGGCUGAAUACCAGAAAUUGCUUCAUGAUUUCGUGUUCAAAGUCAUCGGGUCAAACGAUAAAUCAAAGUUG